UUAUUAUGUUUUGCGAAACAUUGGUUCAAUAUUUUCCCUUCACCUCUGAAUAUGAAGAACUUCGCAGGAGUUACAUCGCUAACUGCGUCUUCAAUAAUUUUCUGACCUAUCUCGCCGUUAUGCUAAACAUUGUGACAUACUAUGCGAUACGAAAAACUCAAUCGUUGCCAAAGACGACAAAGACUUUGCUUUUGAGUCUGGUUGUUUCUGAUGUCGGUGUGGGUCUGUUUGUUCAGCCAUUUUACACUUCACUACUGGUCAGUUGGCUACAACGAAACAGCCCGAGCUGCCUCACUUACCGAAUGUUCAAUAACGUCGGCCUGUUUUUUUCUCAAGCUUCGUUUGCUGGUGUUGUGGCUGUAAGUGUAGACAGGUUCUUAGCUGUUAAUCUUCAUCUCAGAUACAAGGAACUUGUAACCCACAAACGCGUUCUUGCUGUGGUGAUUUCAAUAUGGGUGUUCAGUGCAUUUGUUUCUUUGAUAAUAUUGAGUGGUCUGCGCCUUAUUCAGAUCAUCAUUCAGACCUUUGCUCAAAUAAGUAGCCUUGUUGGGACGACAGUAAUUUAUAUCAAGCUUUAUUUGGUCGUGCGAUAUCAUAAAAAUAGGAUUCAGUUCUUGCAAGCACGCGGUGAACAGCCUAGGGAAAUAAAAAAUUUAUCGAGUGUUAUAAAAUCUGCGCUCGUUAGCUUUUACGUGUAUGUGGCUUUUUUAUUUUGUUACGCGCCUUAUUGGUUCUCUGUGACGGCCAUACGAUUCUACGGUCCGACGGUGACAUUGAAGAGUUUACAUCUCUUCUCAGUGACUCUAGUUUUUAUGAAUUCGUCUUUAAACCCUGUGAUAUACUGCUGGAAGAUGAGACACAUUCGGUGCGCCGUUAUGAACAUACUUCGGAGCAUGUCCAGGAACAAUGGCGUGGAAAUUAAAUUUAGUACUGAACAGUCGGCAAUGAGCCCUUGUGAUGUCACCAACUAAAGGCUAUUUUGUCCGCUUAAAGACUUAUUUUCUCGUAGAUCAGCGUUGAGAGAGCCAGCGAAAUAAAAAGCUUCCUCGAUUUACUAUAAAAAGCUAAAAUAAUAGCAAAGGGCAGAGUUAACCGGCUUUCCAGAGACAAACACAGUUUGCAUGCAGUUUAUCAGGGUUUGUGUUAGGAAAAGUUGGAGCGUAUUUCAGGAACGCAAACCUGGAUGUAGUUGUAAAUCGACAUUUGCAUCAGGUUUUUAUGUAUAAAAAAGUAUGAUAUAAUCAAAUGCAAAAUUGAGAAACAGCAACUUUUAUAUAAAGCAAAGCAACAGGAGAGUAAAGCAAAUUUAAAGAUCGCUUUUAAAUGUUAUAACUAAUUUAAAUUUUUGACAGAGUAAGUGAAAUAAAAAUUUGAUAAAUUAAAAAUUCAGACUUUUCACUUUCCUUUGCGAUAUCAUCUUCUUUGAACGAAUACACCAAUAAUACGUUAUAAGGUUUUUUUUUAACCUAUUUAC